CCCUGAGGCAUGCGCGGUGCGCCUGGCCGGCUGGGCUGGCUGUUUGAGAACUGCGUGCGGAGCUCUCUGGCCGGUGUCUGAAGUCGUCAGUUUACUGCUUGUAACAAACAUAGCGAUCACUGGGAACCUGGAAGUAGAGACUCCUUUCUGCCGUCUCUCCGUCCCUCGGGCUGCUGCGAAUUUCCCCCCACGCCGGUCGCCAGGACCCCGGGCUGGUUGAACGCCCCCACCGGUCCCGCCGCCCCAGGGCCCGCUACGCGCCCGGCAUAAUGGGAGAAAAAUCACUACGGAAAGGCCCAGCCCCUCGCCAUGCAGACGGGAAGCUUGGCCGCACGUGUGAUCACCCUUAUGCCCCUUGGGGCUUCACCCCCGCUUCGCGGGCUCCAACAGCCUGGGCCGGGGCCUCCUUGUCCUGUGUGGGCCUCUCGGCGGCUCCUCAAGCCCCAGGUCUGUGCAGGGACGAGCAAAGCAGCAGAAUAUCCGUGCCACAUCUUUCUGGAGCACCCGUUUUACUACCAGAUUUGGAAGGAACGCAGUUAAGUAAUUUCCAAGAAUCAUCUCCCCUCCCCCACAAACAGGAAAGAAAAGACAGGAGAAGCACCCCAGAAGAGGAGGGGAGAAGUGCCCCAGAAAAAAUCAUCCAGUCUCUGAAGCUUUGCCCAGGUGGGCACAGGCCAGCCAGCCUCUCCUCUAGUUGCCCAGCCGGUUGCAGGCUGUCAUUUAACCUUCCUCCUGGCAUGCUUUUGAGUGUUCAGAAGUGCUGCACACCCUCUUCUUUGAAAACCUGUUGAGCCAAUGCCUCCACAUUUUAUGCA